AUGGUGCGGCUUCGCUCUCCUGCUCUCUCGCGGGCGUCGACGCCGACGGAAGGGCCACUGGUUCAGGCCGAGACAGCUCCGACUCGAAGCAACAACAACGAAAACAACAACGAAAACAACAACGACGCGCCCAAGAAGUUGAUAGCGACAUCCUGUAACAGUGGUAGCAGUAGCGGCGGCGAUUCGAACAAUCGAUCGGCGUCAUUAGACAUUCCGCACACUGGCUCGCUGGCACCUCGUCUCGCGUCCUUGUGCGAGAAGCUGCAUGUGCAAUGGCAGUCGCAAACGCCUUUGCUCGAUACCUUCUAUGACCUCUACGAUGCCUUUGCCGCCGAGGAUGGCCAGAUCCCCUUUGGGCGUGUCCGGCAGCAUAUAUCUCCUGAUUUGGCCGCCUUCCUGCAAAUGACGGCGGAGAACGAGCUGAGGGAGCGCGACGCGAAAUUGCUCUCUAUCGUGCAUUCGCUCACGUCGCAGCCUGAUAAACGCAACAAGAAGGACCCCCGCUGCUGCUGGAACAUGGAUUUCCUGGACCUGCUCGGCCUCUUCCAUGUGGGUGUCAACGGCCUCUCGCGCACCUUGGUCUCAGGCCUAAGCUCGGCGGAGAAAGCGGGCUGGGCGAUGCAGGACUAUCUUCCUGCGCUAGCACGAGCGGCGAACGAGCGACAGACUACGAGCGUGUCGGCACGCAAGCAGCGCUACGAGCACAACCGGCCUCCUCCCGCUUCUUACAAAACCGGCGACCACGAACGCGCCGUUUCCUUGCUCCUCGAAGCCGGCAAAGUCACUUCGCUGCAUAUUGAUGGCGGUGCGCAGCAAGGUGCUACGAGCAAGUGCACAGAUGCGGAAGAUCAGAUGAUGGAGUCGUCGCAGGCAGCAGUAGAGCAAGAAGCAGCCGGAGGACAUGAUGGGCCAAAGGGUCCUCAUGGAGACCAAGAUCUUCCAGGAGGACAAGAUGGGAAAGCAGCGCAGGUACCGCCGCCAAGAGAGCGAACACGAGAAGGAAUCCGAGAUCUAUCGACCAUUCUUGAGGACGAGAACGAACAUAGUGGUGUCACGACCGUACCCAUCGAGAAGGAAGACCAUGCCAGCCUGGCCGUAGACGAAGCUGAAGCCGAAAGCAUUGUCCCGGCCACGAAUGCCCAGGAGGGUGGAAGCAUUCCAGGAGACUUGGACGCUGAAUACGAGUUCGGCUACGUUAAUGACAACGACAGUGACAGCGGCGGCAGCAUGCAAGAGGGCAGCAGGAGUGGGGACGACUCUAGGGAGUCGAUUGAGCAGCCGCGGGGCGAUGUCAACGAUGAGUUCAUCCACGGCGACGGCGACAGCAGCAUCCAACAUGACGAUAUCGCUGAAGAUGGCACCAUAAGCGAGGACCCGAGUGAAUCGGUUGAGCAGGUACGCGACCGUAAUCCUCUCGCAACCACGCGCUGCAAACGUCGCUUCCACUCUUUCGCCGGCAGUCCAGAGCCCUGUAAGCGCACGCGUCGCGACUUCCCUCAGCCGCAGCCUGCAACUUCAGAUAGCUGGCGCACGUCGGUCGAUGGCACGGCUCACACAUCGCCGUCCAACUUUAUCGCUGAACCACGCCCACUCCUUGACAUCGACUUCACGCAGCCUGACGCAGAAUCUUCGCACUUCCAGCUCGAACCGCCAUUACAGCUUUCAAGCCCAAGCCCAAGCCCGGAUCCCUCGAAGACGACGCGCACUCCAUCGCUUCUACCACGUAGCGGCGACGUAGUGCCAUCUGCACAAGAGUCUCUGCUGCCACCCACCCCAGCAAGCUAUGACCAACCCGCGAUGACGCUGCAGUCGAGGACCUCACAUUCGCCCGCCGCCGCAGACGCACACAGCACAGAAAAGAGGUCGAAGACAGAAGAGACUGAAGAGAAACAGAACAAACUAGGGACCGAGCACCGGCCGGCCGUAGACUGGAACUUCGAUACGAAGACGCCGUCGGCCCUUCCAGUCUCCAGACCUCCCCUACGAGCUUCCAAUCGCGACGCAGCACCAACAGCGGAUCAAGCAUUAGCGCGUGUCGAGUCUGGGCAAUGGCUCAACUCUACCGCUGUCGACAAGCUUCUGUCGGCACUGAUCCCAAGCAGGUUUCAUGUCGCAGAUUCGAGUGCGGCGACGGUUACGCGAGAUCGGCCGUAUCGCCCUCUGCGUGACUACCCUCCCGACCAGAUGCCCAAUAUCAUUCUUCCGCUCUGCGAUAACCACCACUGGGUUAUCGCUACAAUUUACUCCAAUACGUGGACUUGUAUUGUAUCGGACUCGUUACGCCAAACCCACCGGCAUAAAGGGUUCGAGGCACGGAUUCGCCAAUUCUCUCAGCAGCUUCCCGCCGAUAGUCAAGGAAGGGAGUUGACUAUUACUUGGGCUUCCGAUGCGCCAGUACAGAACGACGACGUCAAUUGCGGGAUCCUAGCGAUCGCGGACGUAGUAUUUCGUGCAGCGGAAGUGUCUCAUCAGCGUCAGCUGGAUUCGUCCUUGCUGCGGCUUCUUUUUGGAGUCGCUUUGCGCGCUUCUGGACCAGACACGCGCAAUGUGUCCAAUCAAGACGACUGGGACCUCAACCUACCGAGCCACUUGACACGGCCAACUUGUCCACCAGCACCGAAGCCCACGGAGGGUCUCGGCGCUCUGGAAACUUUGAUGCAUAUCCGGGCAGAAUCGACACGCCUUGCAGAGCAGUAUCGAGAUGCUUUGAGGACUUUGAUGCAGUGCAUUGGCCAAGCCAAAGCUACAUGUGAUGCCCUGGAGCUUGCUCUACACAGAAACAUCGCCGAAGCAGAUGCUAUAGAUAUAGCAGAGUCAACAUUCGCUCAAUGUCAGGAUCUCGACAAGGAACUGAACAGUCGUCUCUCCUCUCACCGACUGAGGCUACCGCCCGGCAGCUUGGCGAGUCUCCAAGCCCUGCGGAAUGCCAAUAUCACAGCGAUGGAAGCUCUCCGUGCGGACACGGAGAAGCACCGGAUACAGGUGGUAGUAUGGCGACGCACAUUAGCUGCUACAAGUAGCGCGGGAAAGAAGCUCAUAGACACCAAGGAGGAGAUCAUUGUCACAAGCCUUGCUUACUGUUGCUGCCUGCAGCAUGAACCUUUUGGACCUGGCUACAGCCAUUUUCAACUCCUUCGUUUACGUACGCUUCUUGCUCCACCUUUCCAUACCUCUACUAAUGAUGCCAGCACUGUAUACAUAGUCGCUGUCCGCUUUCUUGUUCCGCUCCUCCGACCCCCGCAACCGCUCAUCUUGAUGCUUCGCCUAAGAAAUCGAAUACCCCAUCUCCCGGUGAUGAGUGCACAUCGAGUGCUUCUUCAACCCUGCGCAUGUGCCUGCAUCUGGCCCAUCAUCGCCAUCGCCAUAUCAUCAGGCACUCGCGGCUCCUCCGCGCGCUUAUUCCCAUCACGCGCGAGAAGUCCGAUCAAAGAUGCUGCCACUCUGGAAUCUGCCGACAUUCCCAUCUUCCAAUGCUUCCGUCGUUAUACCACCAUUCCAGACUGCGUUGGGCCCUUGCUGAAGGGACUGCGCCGUGUUGCCGAGGACGAACUGCCAUGGCCAAAGGAUGUUACCGAGGAUAUGGAAGCCUUUGUUGAAGACUUGACCGCAACCAUCGAUAGAAAUGCCACCGAAGAUCCGGCGCCUUCGGACUGGCAUGAAUAG